GCAGGGGACGAGCACUCUCAACAAAGGGUGAAGGUACAGUCACAAGAGAGAGAGAGAGAGAGAGAGAGAGAGAGAGAGAGAGAGAGAUGGCGGCGGUCGAGGCACCUGGGAUGGUGUCCAUGGGUCCAACGAAUGUGGCAGCACUGUUCGGUGAUGACGUGGACACGCAACCUUUGUGGUUUAAGAAGGAUGCUUUCAGCGAUCCCGACUUCGAGCCCGAUGAGUAUAUCACUGAUCUCCGUAGAUUCGUUCCACUGGAGACGCUGCGCGCCGAGCUGGGCAGUCAUCUAUCGGUUCUGAAGAACGAGCUUGUGGAGCUGAUCAAUCGAGACUACACCGAUUUCGUUAACCUGAGUACGAAGCUGGUUGACGUAGAUGGCGCUGUCCUUAGGAUGCGUAUGCCCUUGACAGAGUUGCGCUCCAAGCUGGUUUCUGUGCGGGAGAGCGUGGGUUCCUCCCUCUCUCUGCUCCAGGAUGGGCUUCGACGACGAGCGCAUGCAAUUAGUGCCCGGCAGAUACUGGAGCUUCUCCUCGACACUGCUCAUGUUCUCUCCAAGGUGGAGAAGUUGCUUCUGGAGCUUACAGCCAUGCCUGAGGAAGAUGGUCCUGCUGCUGCUGCUGCUGCUUCUGGCGGUGGAAGCAAUGAGAACGGCGAUGGGAUUGCAAAUGGCACACAUAGUGAUGGGAAUGGAAACUCCGAUGCGGACGAGGGGGGUCGGCUAGAAGAGUCGAGAAGCCGGCUCUUGGAGCGAAUCGCAAGUGAGAUGAAUCGUUUGAAGUUCUACAGAGCCCGUGCUGAGGACAUGCCUUUCAUCCAGAACAUGGAGAAACGGAUUGCGGCAGCGGAUGGCACGCUUGCCACCCAUCUUCGCCGGUGCCUGGAAGGGGGGUUGGAGAAGAGGUGUAAAAAGGUAAUUUAUCAUUGCCUGCGAGCAUACGCGGCUAUCGACGAUACCACAGGCGCAGAGGAGGCUUUUCGGGUAUCGAUUGUCAGUCCAUUUGUCCAGCAAAUUCUGCAGCAGUCGUCAUCGAAGGGCAUUGCUGCGCUGGCAGGUGACGGGCUUGACAAGGUUUAUGAGCAAGUGCUAACACGCAUCGAGACCGACUGUAGGUUUCUUCUGGAGAUUGCUUAUGCAGCAAACUCGGGACUGCAUGCAUUCAACUUCCUGAGUAAUUCCGUUCUGAAGGAGGUGCACGCAGCGAUUGUGAAGGCGAAGCCUGGGGCCUUUUCCCCCGGAAAACCGGCGGCGUUCCUCUGCAACUACAAGGCCAGCUUGCAAUUUCUGUCGGCCCUUGAAGAAUACUGCCCAUCGCAACAAGCCGUGAAAACAUUUCGAUCGCAGGCCGCCUACUCAGAUUUCAUGAAGCAGUGGAAUUUAAGUGUGUACUUCACCCUCAGAUUUCAGGAAAUUGCAGGGGCGCUCGACACUGCUCUUCCGAGCGGUUCGCUGACGGAAGCUCAGGGGGGCCCUGUGAAGGUCGAGAAUGACACGUCAGAAUUCCUAUUGCACUCGUCAGCCGUUCUCUGGAAAUCUCUGCAACGCUGCUGGCACGAUGAUGUAUUCAUUCCGACAGUCGCUGACAAAUUCCUGCGACUUACAUUGCAGCUCAUUUCAAGGUACACUCUUUGGAUAUCUGCUGGCCUGAAUGCGCGGAAAGUAAACAUAACGGGAGUGGGAACAGCGAGUGGUGGUGAAUGGGCAACGACUGCGACAAUUGAAGACUUUGUCUUGGUCAGACAUGAUGUGGAUGUGGUGGCGCGGUUGCUGGAAUCACAAUACAUUGACAGAGUGGUUGCUGUGCUAGCCAGCAUGCCGGCAGAGUCGCUGUCUGGUGUUGCUCAGUGCAUACGACAGAGUGCCCAGAAGUUGCGCGAACUGCUCCCAAUGAUUGCGGAUAUCAUGAAAGAACUGCUCGCCGAGAAGAGCCAGGAGGAGUUUGGCCGGCAGCUGACAAAGUACAAUGUAAAAGCGCGAGAAAUUUCGUCCUACGUGUCUCUCUGGCAAUUUGUCGCACCGGCGGAAAGGCAGUCUGUAGACAUCUGAGCAAAUCCUGACAGAAGCAAUCUGUCAGAGGCACAGGCGGCAUUUUCAGAGACGCAAACGGAGCAGCAUCAUCAUCUCCUGUCAUCUCCGAGGUAACAUCACUGCGCUGCUAAAUGGUGAGUCGGGCAAAAAAAAAAAAAGGGAAUGAAAAAAGCAAACAAAAGAGAGACGGGCAUGGUUGAAUGGGAACACUGUUGCGAAGUCGGAAAGGUCCUGAGGAUGGAGUGGAGUGGAGUGGAGUGGAGUGGGUUAUCAAAAUUGACCCAGAAGAUGUCGACAAGCCGACGGUUGGACCCGUUGAGCGGGCGGACGAACGGACGGAUGGACGGGCGCGUGACCCGUCGAGAAGGAUGGGAACGUAAAUAAAGAAGGCAUUUUUGUUAUUUUUGGAAGGGGGGGGGAAAAGAAAGAGGGAAUCAAAAAAGCAAACAAAAGAGAGACGGGCAUGGUUGAACGGGAACGCUGUUGCGAAGUCGGAAAGGUCCUGAGGAUGCCGUGGAGUGGGUUGCCAAAAUUGACCCAGAAGAUGUCGACGAGCCGACGGUUGGACCCGUUGAGCGGGCGGACGGAUGGACGGAUGGACGGGCGCGUGACCCAUCGAGAAGGAUGGGAACGUAAAUAAAGAAGGCAUUUUUGUUAUUUUUGGAAGGGGGGGGAGGGGAAGGUGUAAAGGAAUUUUUUCUGUUUUUUUUAAAUAUUUUUGGCACUUGAGAAAUCGCAAAAGCAAACAAAAGAGAGACGGGCAUGGUUGAACGGGAAAGCUGUUGCGAAGUCGGAAGGGUCCUGAGGAUGCAGUGGAGUGGGGUGGGUUACCAAAACAUGUCGAUGAGCCGACGGUUGGACCAGUUGAGCGGCCGGACGGACGGGCGCGUGACCUAGAUUGACGGGUGCGUGACCCGUCGAGAAGGAUGGGAACAUAAAUAAAGAAGGCAUUUUGGUUGUUUUUGGAAAGGGGGGAGGGGAAGGUGUAAAGGAAUUUAUGUUUUUUUAAAAAGUUUUUUGGCACUUGAGAAAUCGAGUGAGGAGGCUGGACCAUUACUCUUUUGCGUGCGAUGUUCUUUUUUGAACGACUAUCAAUUGGAUCCAAUUGUUGUAUUAGCGUUUUUGUUCUGUCAGUCUCUGUCUGCAAUUACAAAUAUCUUGUUAUCUAUGAGCUCGCGCGGCGGCAAACUUAAAUUCUUGUCUAUUUACGUGGCGGUUCGGAAGAUGAUGUACCACUAUAAAUAAACUAGUAUAAAGUUA